GUAUUUGGUGACAGUUAUUGAAAAGCUAAUGCCUUCCAGAUAUUUCUCUGACGGACUAUCAGCUGCUCAAGCAGACCAGUUGGUACUAAAAGAGCUGAUCCAAAAUAAACUGCCUUUAUUGAAUGAGCACCUUCUCUCUAAUGAUAUUGAUGUCACUAUCGUCACUUUUAACUGGUUCCUAACACUUUUCAUUGAUGCACUACCUACAGAAUCCAUGCUAAGGAUCAUUGAUGUUUUCCUGUUCGAAGGUCGUAAGGUUUUGUUUAGAGUCUCGCUGUCGAUUCUCAAGUUGUACGAGAGGAGGAUACUGAGUAUGGUUGAUCCAGUCACUAUAUUUCAAUUCAUCAAGGAAGUCGCCAAACACAUUUUUAAUGUUGAGGAACUUUUUAAAGUUGCUUUUAACGAUUUUGAGCCAUUCCCAAGAAGAAACACCAUCGCUAGCAAAUGUCAGCCGUUUGCCACUCAGUUUUACGAAGAGUACCAGGAGAGACUCAAACAAAAGAGAAAGUCUCAAUUACUAGCACCUGCUAAUAAACCAAGUCAACCGUCACUGACUCUCACGCCUUCUCUCAAAAUAA